UUUCUGUAUUAUCUGUCCGCAUGCAUCAAGUAAUCGAAUAUCAUGCAUGUAAUAUUGCCUGAAACGAAUUGUUAGUACUCAAAAUCUUGUCAGAAGAAUUCGGUACACACUCUAGCAUAGUUAAAAGAGACAUUUAAUCACAACUUACCCUAUUAUUUCCAUAAUCAUCUAAGUUUUGUCAUGAGCCUAUCGAGGACCGGUGAAAUCAUUUUGGAGCAUUGGUAUUUAUCAGAGUACAAAAGAUGAAGACCUGAGAAUUUUUUGAAGCAAUUUUUGAAUAAAUCUUCACGACAUUGGUACAAACAAUUGGAAAAGAAUCGCAUCAGUCAUUCUGCAGUCAAAUAAGAACGUUGGACUUGUAUGGUUAGUUUGAUGAAAUUCGAUGCAAUGAUUGUCCACCUCAAAAGAUUCGUUUUGCCAUUUUGCAAGAUGAACAAAUUUGGGAGAAUCUAUACGCGUUUCGUAAAACACGGCUCCUCGCAAGCUUCAUCCAAAGUCUUAGAACAUCUGAAAAAUAGGAGUUUGUUGCAAAUUAGAGGAAACGAAGCUUCGAAUUUCCUGCAGGGAUUAAUUACAAACGAUAUGAAACAUAUUGACGAAGGUGCUGCCAAUUUGUAUGCUCUGUUUCUUAAUAUAAAGGGUAGAGUGAUUUAUGAUGUUAUUGUAUAUAAAAGUCAAGAAGACAAUGUAUUUUAUAUUGAAUGUGAUUCGCAAGCAGCAGAUCCGUUGCAGAAGCAUUUAAAAGUGUAUCGUGUUAGAAGGAAGCUAGAUAUAGAUAAUGUAGGAGAUAAAAUAAAGGUUUGGGCGUUAUUUGACCCUGUCCCGUAUUUAAAUAAAUCUGAUAUUAUUAGUAGGCAAAAGCUCGAGGGUGAAAUAUUUCCGUGCGGCACCCUCGAUAGCAAAUCAAGCAAAGUGAUAGAUAACGUUAUGAUCUAUCAGGACCCGAGACUUCUAGAUUUAGGUAACAGAAUACUAUCGGUAUCGAGUCUCGAGAAAAAUGAUAUAAAGAAACAUUUGAAUUCCGACGUAAUAAUUGCUGAUAACGCAUUAAGUUAUAAAGCACUUCGCUAUAAACUUGGUAUAGCUGAAGGUGUUGAUGACUUACCACCCGGGCAACCUUUACCCUUAGAAGUAAACUGUGAUUAUUUGCAUGGAGUUAAUUUCCAUAAAGGUUGUUACAUCGGACAAGAACUAACGGCACGUACUUAUCACACCGGCGUGGUAAGGAAACGUUUAAUGCCGUUAUUGUUCGACCAGGUUCCUAACAAAUCUAUUUCGUACGACGAAAAAAUUGUAGACGAAUCUGGCAAAGUGAUAGGUAAAUUUAGGGGAAGCGAAAAAGAGUAUGGUUUGGGAUUGAUGAGAAUCAAGGAAUCUCUUAAUGCCAAAUCCCUUAGUGUGUUAGGUAUGAAAUUAAAAAUAUCGACGCCUAAUUGGUGGCCGCAGGAAUUACAAACUGAAAGCGCUUCGGCUAAUAGAAAGUAAAGAAACUUUUAUAGUGUUCAUAAUUGUACAACUGUAAUAUUUAAAUGCAAAAUAAAUUUACUAUGGCAAGUA